GUGACAUCACAUCCGUACGAAUUUGAUGAAUUAUAUUUGCAACAACACAAGACAGCUCUUAUUUGAGCAAGACAAGGACUUAUUCGACUUCAGGAAGAAAUGUGUCACAGACUUGGCCCAUCUCUGAUUAAAAAGAUUAAUGCGUGGAAAGGGUGCAAACCUUAAAGUUCUUGGAGGUCCUAAUAUCCAAGGACCUCUGCUGGGAAGCCAACACCACAGCAACUGUCAAGAGGGCUGAGAGUGUUCAGGAGGCACAGAGAAAGUUGAUGGCGGCAUUUUACCAGGCAACCAUAGAAAGCCUGCUAACUUACUGCAUGAUGGUAAGGUAUACAGGCUGCUCUACCACAGAUAUGAAGGCAUUCCAGAGAGUAAUGAAGACUGCUGAGAAAAUCAUAGGCUGCCCACUGCCCUCUCUGGAGAACACUGCCACAUCACGCUACCACAGCAGAGCCAGUAACAUCAUCAAAGACACUACCCACCCAGGUCAUCAUCUCUUCGAACCAUUGCCUUUUGGCGGGUUACUGUGGCACUGGGGUACUGUUACACAGACAGAGACAGAGACACGGGGUUCAGUUCAGUUUUGUUGUUUACUGAGGCAAGACAGUUCAUGGGGUGUACGGCCCUCCCUGUCCUGAUGCCAGUACCAUAGAAACAUGACCCUCAACACCCAGAGAGAAAAGGUGCCCCUGCAACGGCGAGGCAGCACGCCAAUUCCUCCUGCUUACAACUACCAGCACCCAUCCUGGAAUAAAGACCCUCAGCUUCCUGGCAGCUCCAACCUUGACCCAAAGCAGCCUUGCACCCAACGCAACCACCCUCCUUUGGUACAGUCUGCAUCCUACCAUCCUGGAGACAAGUCACUCCACUACCGUGCCCAGUGGAGUUCAGAUUCGGAGGACGACUCACAAAGUGACUCGGAAUGUGUUUACAGAGUGGUGUUGCUAGGUGACCAUGGUGUCGGAAAGACCAGUCUUGCAGGAAUCUUUGCAGGGAUUACAGAGAAAGAUGAACAACCUGGAGAGGACACAUAUGAGAGGACAUUGACAGUAGAUGGAGAGGAAACCACACUCAUCGUCAUGGAUACCUGGGAGAACGAAAAACUGGAGAGGGAUGAUGCCUCUUCUCAGGACGACUGUCUGAAGAUUGGGAGUGCUUAUGUCAUUGUUUAUUCCGUCACUGACCGCUCCAGCUUUGACUCGGCCUCUGAGCUCCGUAUCACACUUCGACGUGCCCGCCAGGCUGAAAACCUUCCCAUCAUCCUUGUGGGAAACAAGAGCGACUUGGUUCGGUCCAGAGAAGUUGCUGUGGAAGGUGGGGGUCGAAGCUCACAGAGGAGGGCCGAGCGUGUGCAGUGGUUUUUGACUGUAAGUUCAUUGAGACAUCAGCAUCUCUACAGCACAAUGUGGCCGAGCUGUUCGAGGGCGUUGUCCGACAGAUUCGUCUCCGUCGAGGCGGCAGUGAAGCUGUCGAGUGCCGACGCUCCAUUUACAAGCGCAAAGAGAGCCUUACCCAGAAGGCUCGGCGCUUCCUGGACCGACUGGUAGCACGCAACAACCAGCGCAUGGCAGUCAAGGUGCGGUCUAAGAGCUGCCAUGACCUGGCCGUCCUCUGAAGUCAUAUGUCCACCAAGGGUGUUGGAUUGGACUUUCUUUGUUGACGUUUUCCCUGAUUGUGAUAUCUUGGACAGUGGUGUCUGCGUUAAUUUCAGGCUCAGCAAGUUGACAGCAAAAAUGAUUAAUAACGAAUGAUUAAUGAUGAGCACCCAAUGGAGUUAGCAGACCCGUAUAUUGCUGCGAACACUGUGAUCAACUCAUUUUCCUCUUUGACCAUUUGGUCUCAAAACUUUCCUCCAGAUGUCCCAAAUAUGAAAAAAAAACAGACUGACUGUAAAAGGAUCAUCACUGUAGGGUUAAAGGUCAAAUGAGUGUUCAUUUGUGUGUGUGUGUGUGUGAGAGAGAGAGAGAGAGAGAGAGAGAACAGAUGACUGUUUAGGAUAUCCAGUAGUUUCCACUGUGUCCACUGUACUGUUCUCCUGAGGUUUCUAACAUUUUCAGUUCAACACUGUGCAGAAUGAAGUCUUAAAGUAACAGUCCUCUUAAAAUUGUGUUUUACUGCCUUCAAAUACAGGUGAUGAUAGAUUGCGUUUCAAUU